UGUAUGAAGGUGGAGGCUCGACUUGUCGCUGCUGCGCGGCAGAAGAAACUUGUGCAGUUAAAACUUUGACAAACAUCGUUACAUUUCUGCCACAUACCCAGACAUAUAUGCUUCUCAAGAACUCUCCCAAUGUUUGACGAAGGAGAGGAAACCGACAGCGGCGAGAGAGCCCGGCUCCCUGAGUCUCCCUCCCCGCCUUUGACUGUAUGUCUUCCCGGAGGAUCUCCUUCCUCACCGCGGCCCCUGGACCUCUUCUCCUCCGCCUGUCCUCUGCUGGGGGACACAGACCCGCCAUACCUCGCCACUCCGGAGUGUCUUCACUUGUCUGCGGAGAAGCUGGGACCCGGGGACUCCCCGCACUACUCGCCGCCAAAGUUCUGCUGGAGAACCGGGGACACCGACUCUCCGUUUAGGUCGCGGCACGAGGUGCGGAUAGAUGAUUUGUAUGACCGCCAUGACCCGUUACCCAAAUGGAGAGGACGAGGCGCUGCGAACGCGGAGCGCCUUCAGCACCGCGGACAGAGACAGCACGGGGCUCCGGAGCUCUCGGACCAUGGGAACCACUCCACGGAGCUCAUCGACACCGGGUUCAACUCCGACACCAGGCAAACGGAAGCCAUGCAUCGCCGUCACACCACUCUGAGAGAAAAGGGGCGUCGCCAGGCCGUGCGGGGUCCGGCUUACAUGUUCAAUGAACGAGGCUCGGCCCUCACCGCAGAGGAGGAGCGUUUUCUGGAUGCUGCUGAAUAUGGAAACAUUCCUGUGGUCCGCAAAAUGCUGGAAGAGUCCAAAACCCUUAACUUCAAUUGUGUCGACUACAUGGGCCAGAAUGCUUUGCAGCUCGCAGUGGGCAAUGAGCAUCUAGAAGUGACUGAGCUGCUCCUGAAGAAGAACGGUUUGGCCCGAAUUGGGGAUGGCCUGCUUUUGGCUAUCUCCAAAGGUUACGUUCGAAUUGUUGAAGCUAUUCUUGCCCACCCUGCUUUUGGCGGAGGUAUCCGACUUGCUCUGAGUCCUGUGGAGCAGGAGAUGCGUGAUGACGACUUUUAUGCUUAUGACGAGGAUGGGACGCGUUUUUCACACGACGUCACACCCGUCAUCCUCGCUGCUCACUGCCAGGAGUACGAGAUCGUCCACAUCCUUUUGACGAAGGGGGCCCGCAUAGAAAGGCCUCAUGACUACUUCUGUAAGUGUUUAGAAUGCGAGGAGAAGCAGAAGAUAGACUCGUUCAGUCACUCACGCUCCAGGAUGAAUGCGUAUAAGGGCCUGGCCAGUGCAGCGUACCUGUCGCUCAGCAGUGAAGACCCUGUGCUCACUGCCCUGGAGCUCAGCAACGAACUGGCAAGGCUGGCCAACAUCGAGACAGAGUUCAAGAACGACUACCGUAAGUUGUCGAUGCAGUGUAAGGACUUUGUGGUGGGUGUGUUGGAUCUUUGUCGGAACACGGAGGAGGUGGAAGCCAUACUGAACGGCGACGUGGACGUGUGCCCCCCCAGCGCCUACAACCGACCAUGCCUCAGCCGCGUCAUAUUGGCCAUCAAGUACGAAGUCAAGAAGUUUGUGGCCCAUCCCAACUGCCAACAGCAGCUGCUGACUAUCUGGUACGAGAACCUGCCCGAUCUGAGGCAGCAGUCUGUGUGUGUGAAGACCUGGACGGUGCUGGGGGUCGCUGCAGGUCUGCCCUUUCUGGCUGUUGCCUACUGGAUAAUGCCAUGCAGCAAGAUUGGUCAGAUCCUGCGAAGCCCCUUUAUGAAGUUUGUGGCCCACGCCGUCUCCUUCACCAUCUUCCUGGGUCUGCUGGUUUUAAACGCCUCCGAUCGCUUUGAGGGUGUCAAGAACCUGCCCAACGAGACCAUCACAGACCACCCACGCCAGGUGUUCAGGGUCAAGACCACCCAGUUCUCCUGGACAGAGAUGUUGAUCAUGAAGUGGGUUUUGGGUAUGAUUUGGUCAGAAUGCAAGGAGAUAUGGACUGACGGGCCCAGAGAGUACAUCAUGCACCUGUGGAACGUCCUGGAUUUUGGCAUGUUGUCCAUCUUUGUGGCCUCCUACACAGCACGCUUCAUGGCGUUCGUGAAGGCGACCAAAGCCCAGCAGUAUGUGGACCUGCACGUUCCAGACGAAGACAUCAGCACCGCCUCUCUACCUGAGGAAGUCGCCUACUUUACUUUCGCCAGGAACAAGUGGCGCCCCUCAGACCCCCAGAUUAUCUCAGAAGGCCUGUACGCCAUCGCUGUGGUUCUGAGCUUCUCACGCAUCGCCUACAUCCUGCCAGCCAAUGAGAGCUUCGGCCCUCUGCAGAUCUCACUCGGGCGCACAGUCAAAGAUAUCUUCAAGUUCAUGGUCAUCUUCAUCAUGGUGUUUGUGGCCUUUAUGAUCGGCAUGUUCAACCUAUACUCGUACUACCUGGGAGCCAAGUACAAUCCUGCCUUCACCACGGUGGAGGAGAGUUUUAAGACUCUUUUCUGGUCGAUUUUCGGGCUGUCUGAAGUGAUCUCAGUGGUGCUGAAGUACGAUCACAAGUUCAUAGAGAACAUCGGCUACGUGCUGUACGGAGUCUACAAUGUGACGAUGGUGGUCGUCCUUCUCAACAUGCUCAUUGCUAUGAUCAACAACUCCUACCAGGAGAUAGAGGAGGAUGCUGACGUGGAGUGGAAGUUUGCCCGAGCAAAGUUGUGGAUCUCCUACUUUGACGAGGGCCGAACGCUGCCCGCUCCCUUCAACCUGGUUCCCAGCCCAAAGUCUUUCUACUACAUGGUCCUUCGCAUCAAGUCCUGCCUGAUACACCUCUGCAAGGCCAACAGCCGUCGCCAUAACAACGAGCUGGAGCUGGGCAUGCUCAACUCCCAGGCUAAGGAUGAACCCCUCAGGACUUAUCCCCGCCCCGGAGAAGAGUUCAUCUCCAGAAAAUCUGGAAAACACCCGACCAGAUAUGAGAAUAUCAUGAAGCGCCUGAUUAAGCGCUUUGUGCUGAAGGCUCAAGUGGACAGAGAGAACGACGAAGUGAAUGAAGGCGAGCUGAAGGAGAUCAAACAAGACAUUUCCAGCCUCCGUUAUGAGCUCCUGGAGGAGAAAUCCGACGCCGCCGGAGAGCUGGCUCUGCUCAUCCAACAACUUGGCGACAAGUUUGGCCAGAACACCAUGAGACACUGACAGGUCUCGCGGGAAGGAGAAAGAGAGGCAAGGAGGGGGGGAGAUGUGAAAACAGGGGCAGAGAGCAAGGUCGACGAAGGUAUUUUAAGAACACGACAGGGAAGAAAGAGGAGGAAAAGCAUAAGAGAUAAAUAGAAAACGGGCAUGAUGAGAAAUGUUGCUAACUGAAAGCAAUCGGCAAGUAUUUUGUAUAUGCAACGACUAAUUAGGGAGGAAUGUGAAAAAGAAGAUGGAUGCAACUGCGAGUGAGCAUUAGGUGAAAGGGUCAAAGGUGAAGUAAACUCGGUCAGAGGUGGGAUGUGUUGACGGUUAAAUUCUAAUUUAAAAACAGCAACUACAGGAAGUGAGAGAGGAGGAGAAGACAGAGGCAUGCAGGAUGGGGGGGGGGGGUAGAGGGAAGCGAAUAAGGAGGAAAACACAAGCACUAUGAGAUAUAAAGAAGCACCACAGGGCAGAAGACUGAGGCAGCGCCCCAUCCACUGCCAAGAGAUAUCAGCACAUCACUGACUCUGAGCGAGGAGAAGGGGUGAGAGAGGGAGAGAGCUGGAGGGUGAGUGGGUACAAGAAAGUAGGAUCUGGAGAAGUGCCACUCUCAAUUGUUCUCAGCAGACAGGCUGGCUUUGCUUCUUUGUCUUCACUUUGCCCGGACCAGCAUAGUGACGCCUGUCGAGGAACUGUACUCCGCUUUAAUCAGCAGGCUAUCUAAUUAAUGCAUUUCCAUCCACGAUGCACAACCUUUGAUCAGGAGUCCCAUGAUUCAGGAAAAAGCGGUGAAACAAUGUAGCAUUUAUGCACUCAUGUGAAAGUCAUUAAAGCUCCCUCUAAAAUGCAGGCAGUGAGCUUUGUAUGUCACACAGUGUGUUGUGAAAACAUCUAUAUCUAUACAAUAUUCAGAGUAUUGCAGCUCUAUGUGAACUGUCGCCCAAUAAAUGUUAUGUUAGUAAAAUAGUACUUUGUAGGGUUACAAAAAAUAAAGGUUGGGAUUAGAAUUACUCCAGACAACAUGUAUUUGACAUUAUUUACUUCAAAUACAAUCUGAGUUAGAACUGUAUGUUUUAUUCACCUAGUUAAUUAAAUGUUUAAUAUUAUAACAGUAGAAAAUGCACAUGCUUCCAGAAAGUAUACACGUGUGGGUACUUCAUGAACAGCAAAUACAGACAGUUUAUACAGAUGUGUAUUUUCCACAUGAUAACUCUCCUAAACUACACAGUAGCAUGAACAACUUAAAGCCAAUAUCAAUGUUAAACAGGAACCAGAAAUCUGUUUUUGUUGUGCCUUUGCAGGACAAAGUGUCUCUAUUUUCUAAAAAUGGUAACCAAAAAGCAACAUGACUGACGUUUUGUGUGUCCAGCUUUAAAAAGCAUGAGUGACUACUACACAAUUCCGUCUGAUUGCUUUAGGCCAACCAGACGUCUGUGAGAUGAGGAAAUGUGGCAGAUAUAGAGCGAUGGGAUUUAAGACUUUUGAAACAGCAGUGCAAUCAUUUGGCUAUAAAACAAAAACAGGGAUUGUGCUGCAGAAGCUGUGUGGAGUCAUGUUAUGGUCUUGUUUUUCUUUGGGAGACUUAUUUGACAUGCCCCUUCACUAGCUGGCUUAGAUACAAAUUCACCAGUUAUUUGAUUUACGUGAGGAUCUGAAGUUGAACUGUUGCUUUAACUAAAAUUCGACUUAGAGGAAAUGUGUUCCCAAUAAUAAUAACCAGAUUGAUACAAUUCUGCCCAUUAUAACUUGUAUUGUGAAGUGGAAUACACAGGGGGGGAUCCCCAAUCUUGAACAGACUCAGGAUUCGGCCACUUGAAGGAGAUUCUCUCAUGUUAUUGUAUUUCUACUAAGAAUGCUUCAGUCAUCUCUAAAAUAUAGUUUCUUAAUUGAUGGCAUGCUAUUUUCUCCUGUCUACUUCUGGCAAACAGCAACAUUGAAUGUUGUUCAUUAAAAUGGUCAUGACUAAGGCAGUUUUAGUAUUUCUACAUUGGAUCAAAAGAGCAUACAUUGGUUCCUCCAGGGGUUCAUCUGGGGAUUCAGAUAAACUAUAUUACUUUUCCUUUACACCCCUUUAAGAAAACAAUUGGAUGAAAUAUUAUAAAGCUAUGAGAUAAGGAUCAUAUGAACACAUUUAGAGGGCUUGCAAUUCAACCUUGCAGGACUGAGAUGAGUUAUUGACAAAUGUAUCUAUAUUUGAAUGCUUACAGGUAGUUUUUAAAUGUCCUAAGGUUAAAAGCCAAAGCUCACAUGUAGGUGCAGUUUCCCCCACACGUAAAUGUUUAUCGAUCAUUUAAUCUAAGGAUUAAAUCUUAAUUGAACCGUUGACUUUUUAGAAAUAUGAGGUAUUCAACCUUAUGUGACUAUUUUGUUUCAGGUACACACAUGUUGUUUAGAGUCAAGUAUGCAUUUAAGUAAGUAGUGUGAUCUGUGUCUUAUUUAUUUGUACUGUACUGUAUGUGUCAGAGACUGAACGAGCAGCUAACUAUUUUCUGUGUGCAGAACCAGGCUACGAGAUAAAAGCCUCAGAGAAGGUUUUAUUAUUCACACUGCUUUAAAAACAAAGUUACCCGAAAUACUGUAUUUUUCACGCAACAAAUAUUGAUUAAGCAAGAUCUUGUACUGUAUAUUGUCAUAUUUUUGAUCCUUGAAUUAAAGACGGUACGCUCUAAA